AUGUCUGAACCAAAUGUGGAUGGAGAGGCUCUGAACCAGCUACAGGUCGAACAGGGCUGGCUUCUUGACACCAUCGAUGACUUGCGCAACAUCGGUAUUAGCGGUCUUGUCGACCUGCCACAGUUGAUAGUUUGUGGUAACCAAUCCAGUGGGAAAAGCUCUGUUCUUGAAGCUAUAUCUCGUGUGCGCUUUCCUGUCAAAAGCAACAUUUGUACUCGAUUUGCCACUGAGGUCAGCCUGCGACGCCAUCCAGUAACCCGCUUCAAGGUUUCCAUCGAGCCUGGAGCUUCACGGGUAUCUGAGGCCGACCGAGAGAAAGUCCGAGAGUUUGCUCCAGAAGCGUUCACCAACAGCGACCAGUUGCCAGCCUUGAUCGAGCAAGCCAAAGAAUGCAUGGGUAUUCAAAGUGAAAAAGGGGUCAGCGACGACGUUCUCAAGAUUGAGAUAUCUGGCCCCGACAAACCGGAACUGACGCUUGUCGAUCUCCCUGGGCUUUACUACUCAAAAAGUGCCAACCAAGGAGCCGAAGGAAUCAGUAUUGCACGAGGCCUCACAGAGCAGUAUAUGAAAAGCCCGCGCAGUAUCAUCUUAGCUACUGUAUCAGCCAAGGCCGAUUAUCACCUUCAGGAGGUUCUCGAUAUUGCAGCCAAAUUCGAUCCUACCCGUGACAGAACUAUUGGCAUUAUCACUCAGCCUGAUAGAGUGGAACAACACUCCGAAGAGGAAGAUACUUGGCUGGAAAUCGCGAAAAACGAAAAGAUACGGCUGCGACUCGGGUGGCAUACGUUGCGGAAUCGGUCAUUUGAAACUCGCGACACGUCCGAUGAAGAGAGAGAUAAUCUUGAGAGACAAUUCUUCAAUCAAGGACGGUGGAGCACGGUGGCAAGAGACAGCGUUGGAAUUGAUAGCUUGAGACGUCGGCUCAGCGGCAUAUUGUUGGAACAUAUCCGUCACAGCUUGCCAGAGCUUAUCCAAGACAUCGAAAAGAAGUUGCUCGAUCGGCAGACAAAGUUUGCCAAAAUAGGUGCUCCUCGGUCGACCCUUCAACAGCAGAAGGGAUUUCUGCUUGCCCUCAGCAGCAACUUUGAGCGCAUCACCAAUCAGGCUUUAAAUGGAAUGUAUACAGAUGGCUUUUUUGCCGAGUCUGACAACUCCCAUUCAUUCGCUAUCUCUGACACUCGCCGUCUUCGUGCCACCAUUCGUCAGUUGAACGAAUAUUUUGCAGAAGCCAUGGAGAGAUAUGGUUGCAAGAUAAGGAUCAUCGGGGUCAACGAAGACACUCUCCCCACCUCCACCUUCUUUGCCAAUCCUUAUACUCAAAUCAGACUUCCUCUGAGUAAGCAUCGGCAAGACGUUGAAAAAGAGAUAGAUCAACAGGCUCGCCGAAACCGUGGAAUCGAGCUACCAGGAGCUGCAAAUCAGCUUUUGGUCGGAAGUGUCUUUCGAGACCAGUCACAACCCUGGGAACAAAUUGCGAGGGUUCACCUGGUCAGAACGUGGGAGGCAGUGGAGAGUUUUGUCAACUUGGUCUUGCAAUACCUCACGGAUGAACGUACCUACCAACUCUUGAUGGGCAGUAUUCUUGCUCCACAACUUCAAAACAUGAAGGACGGCCUGCUUUCAAAGCUUGAUGAAUUGACAGCGUACAAUAAGCGAGGGCAUCCCCUCCCUCUUGGAAAAAGCUUUCUUCAGCGAGUCCAUAAGUCCCGAGCUGAUCGGCAGAGCAAGUUAUUGGAGAAUGUUCUGGGACAAAAGCUGCCAAAAAAGGACGGAGGAUAUUCAUUAUCGCAUAUAAAGGCAGCCGUUAGCACCUUGGAAGAAACCGAAGAUCAAUUCGCCGCCGCCGAGAUUAUCGAGCAGAUGCAAGCAUACUACGAAACUGCGAUUGUAACAUUCAUUGAUAAUGUUACAACACUGGGAAUUGAGAAUUGUCUUCUUGACCCCUUGAGUGGCAUUUUGACAAGCCAAACUAUCAACAAUAUGGAAGACAAACAAGUCCAAGACUUGGCUGGGGAGGCGUCCUACAUAACAGAGGAGCGUGACCGUCUAAUCCGAGAACAGGAAAAGCUGCAAAACAGCUUAAGUGUUCUAAACAAAUGCAAAAUUCAAAAGAAAUUCACCCUCAAGCCCUUCACCGAUCAACCCGGACCAUCAAAGUCUACAAAGAUUCCUGAACGACCAGUCACUGCCAAGCCUUUUCAAUGGCCAAAAUCAAAAGGAGAUUCUAUCUUCGCCUCACAAGACAGUAUUUUUGCCACUGCUCACGCUUCCCAGCCACCAGUAUCUUCUGGCGGACGCCUGUCUGGGGGCCCAAGUAUCACAGAUAUGUCGACCCCGAAAGAAGCAGGACUUUUUGGAUCACCACUAGCUAGCGGCCCAUUUGGCAGUGGAGGCUCAACCUUGGCCCGUGGUACCAAUGCUCCUGGUCCACAGCAAAGUCAGCUGUUUCCUGCGACGCGGUCUGGGUCACCCUUUAUGCCCUCUGAACGUAAUCCUGGUGCCUGGGUUUUUUGGACUCCUAAUAAAUAG